GCGUCGUAGGAGCCGCCGCCAGCGGAAGGCCGGGCAGCGGCCGCGGCCGGGGCGGGCGCAGGGCUGAGCGGACGGGGGGGGGCGCAGGCCCCCCGGGAGGCCACGGCCACUCCCCCCCCGGGCCGGCGCGGCGGAGGAUGGAAACACCCUUCUACGGCGAUGAGGCGCUGAGCGGCCUGGGCGGCGGCGGCGCCAGUGGCAGUGGUGGCAGCAGCUUCGCGUCCCCGGGCCGCUUGUUCCCGGGGGCGCCCCCGACGGCGGCGACCGGCAGCAUGAUGAAGAAGGAUGCGCUGACGCUGAGUCUCAGCGAGCAGGUGGCGGCGGCGCUCAAGCCGGGCGCUGCGCCGACCCCUGCCUCGCUGCGAACGGACGGCGCCCCCAGCGCGGCGCCCUCGGACGGGCUGUUGGCGUCCCCGGACCUGGGGCUGCUCAAGCUGGCGUCGCCCGAACUCGAGCGCCUGAUCAUCCAGUCCAACGGGCUGGUCACCACCACCCCGACGAGCACGCAGUUCCUGUACCCCAAGGUGGCGGCCAGCGAGGAGCAGGAGUUCGCUGAGGGCUUCGUCAAGGCCUUGGAGGACCUGCACAAGCAGAACCAGUUAGGCGCUGGCGCCGCCGCCGCCGCGGGGGGACCCCCGGCCCCCGCUGCGCCCGCUCCUCCCGGCGAUCUGCCCGCGUCGGCUCCCGCGCCAGAGGCGCCCGUCUACGCGAACCUCAGCAGCUACGCGGGCGGCGCGGGUACCGCGGGGGGCGCGGCGGCCGUGGCCUUCUCCGCCGAGCCCGUUCCCUUCCCGCCACCGCCUCCCCCAGGCGCGCUGGGCCCUCCGCGCCUUGCCGCGCUCAAGGACGAGCCGCAGACGGUGCCCGACGUGCCGAGCUUCGGCGAGAGCCCGCCGCUGUCGCCCAUCGACAUGGACACGCAGGAGCGGAUCAAGGCGGAGCGCAAGCGUCUGCGCAACCGCAUCGCCGCCUCCAAGUGCCGCAAGCGCAAGCUCGAGCGCAUCUCGCGCCUGGAGGAGAAGGUCAAGACGCUCAAGAGCCAGAACACCGAGCUGGCGUCCACCGCCAGCCUGCUGCGGGAGCAGGUGGCGCAGCUCAAGCAGAAAGUGCUCAGCCACGUCAACAGCGGCUGCCAGCUGCUACCGCAGCACCAGGUGCCCGCGUACUGAGCCCGGGGCGGCGCGCAUGCGCGGCCCCCGCCCGGGGGAUGGCGUAGGCGCCCCGGACUUGUAGUGGGUGGCAGCACCGGGGAUCGCCCCCGGGGGUGCCCGGGACAAGAGAGGGUGCGCUUCCGGGGAUCCUUCUUUAGGAGGAGACAGUCCCUGGGGGUCGCCGCCCGAGAGUGCCGAGGACCGGAGAGGGCGCGGCUUGGGGAACCCCCCCCAUCCCCGAGGACCCCCAGGACUGAAGAGGGCGCCUUGGAUCGACAAGCUGGACCCCCUGCCCGGGGGGCGAGCGCACGACCCCCGCCCCGCGCCGCCUCUGCUGUGCCUGCCGCCCUUUGUGCGCCGCCGCCGGGGCCCCGCGCACCCCUUCUUUCACUUUCUACUUUUGCCUUGGGAAGAGACGACGGAGUGGCCGGCUGUGCCCUAUUUAUGUUUCUACUCGGGAACAAACGCUGGUUGCGUGUGCGUGUGUGUUUUACCGUGCUGGAUUUUUUAAAGAAACGAGAAGAAAAAAAGUGGCUCCUCCUCUUUCUGGCCUCGCUCCCUGCCGCCCGCCCCGCCCCCCUGUUGUUUUGUUUUGCCACGAGCCCACAUUCCUGUUUGUAACCCUCGGGUUCCCCGGUUCUGUUUUCAGUAAAGUCUCGUUACGCCA